AUGACUUCCUCCGAUGUCGAGGCUGCGAAUGCCUUGAAGCUGGAAGGUAACAAGGCCUUUGCGCAGCACGACUGGCCCACCGCUGUUGAAUUCUACACCAAGGCGAUCGAGAAAUAUGACCGGGAGCCGUCCUUCUUCUGUAACAGGGCACAGGCGCAUAUUAAACUCGAAGCGUACGGCUAUGCCAUCGCAGAUGCCACCAAGGCACUAGAGCUUGACCCAAACUAUGUGAAAGCAUACUGGAGGCGGGCUCUCGCGAACACCGCCAUCUUAAAUCCCAAGCAAGCUCUCAAAGACUUCAAAGCCGUUGUCCAGAGAGAGCCCAAUAACCGCGAUGCCAAACUGAGACUUGCAGAAUGCGAGAAACUCGUCCGUCGGAUCGAGUUCGAGAAAGCGAUCGAGGUUGGGGAGCCACCUUCCGCGUUCGAGGACCUGAACAUCGAUGCGAUCAAAGUCGACGAUAACUACGACGGCGUCCGCCUGGGAAAUGAGAUGACGCAAGAGUUUAUUGACGACAUGAUCGAGCGCUUCAAGAACGGGAAGAAGAUACACCGGAAAUAUGCGUUCCAGAUCAUCAAGGCUGUGCUAGAUAUCGUCAAGCAGGAGCCGACAAUGGUAGAGAUCGGGGUGGAAGAGGGUACAAAGUUGACGAUUUGCGGUGACACACAUGGUCAAUUCUUCGACCUUCUGGAGAUAUUCAGACUCAACGGCUACCCCUCCGACACCCAUGCCUACCUCUUCAACGGAGACUUUGUCGACCGCGGUUCCUGGUCGACAGAGAUUGCCCUUCUGCUCUACGCCUACAAGUGGCUGCGGCCGAACCGUAUCUUCCUCAACCGUGGAAACCACGAGACGGAUGACAUGAACAAGGUGUACGGCUUUGAAGGGGAGUGCAAGGCUAAAUACAAUGAGCACGUCUUCAAGGUGUUCUCCGAGUCUUUCUCGGCACUGCCUCUGGCGACGCUGGUCGGCGGUAAAUACCUGGUGCUCCAUGGUGGUCUCUUCUCGGAUGACAACAUCACUCUCGAUGACAUCCGGAAACUGAACAGACAUAACCAGCGCCAGCCUGGUCAGUCUGGUCUGAUGAUGGAGAUGCUCUGGACCGAUCCACAGCCGACGCCGGGCCGUGGACCAAGCAAGAGAGGUGUUGGGCUGCAGUUUGGACCUGACGUGACGAAGCGCUUCUGCGAGAAGAACGGUCUCGAGGCCAUUAUCCGGUCGCACGAAGUCCGGAUGGAGGGUUACGAAAUCGAGCACGAUGGACGCUGUAUCACGGUCUUCUCUGCACCGAAAUACUGCGACACUACCGAGAACAAGGGAGCCUAUAUCAACGUUGGACCGGAGCUCAAGCUGGAGUAUCAUACUUUCGAGGCUGUGCCACAUCCUGACGUCAAGCCAAUGGUAACUCAACUCGAUACCUCUUAG